UGCAGGGACCCACAAAGCUGCCUCUCAAAUUCGGAUUCUACCCGAGUGCGUGGGAUCGGGUUAGGCAUGUUGGGGAUUAGUGUGGCAGAAGAGUUCGGACGAUGAGUGCAUAGUUCAUGGGGGCAAGGUUAUCCGGGUGCGUGGGAAGGACUGUGAGAGGUCGAUGCACGCUGCUGCAGGUCGACCAGAGGGCCCUGAAAAGCUGACAAGCAGCCUUCUUUGUGGACUUGGCGAGAAAGUCGUCUCCCGCUUGGCGGAUGGGAGGAGGGGUCGUGGAUCCCCUCCAAGGCUGCUUCAAGCCUCUCAAGCCUCUCUCAACGGCGCCGCCUGCCGUUCGUCCCGCCCUCACACCGCAAAACAGCGUCAUCACCAGUCCGAGACACUUCGAGAAAGUCCAAAAACGGUUAUCCAAGGAAGACAGUCCCUCCCACUUGCUCACAUUUGGCCCUGGAAUCGAAUGACAAAACUGCACCAUUGAUGUUUUUUGCUUCUUCAGCUUGGUUCGGCAACGGUGUUGGGAGUUGUUGGGCAACACGGCUAGGAAGGCCAUUGGCUGCCGAAGUCUUGAGCCACAGCAAGCUGCCUCCACGGAGAGUUCUGGCCGUUCUGGCCAUCACCGGGGAGGCCCGAAAGCGGUUUAGCCCAUCUACUGUGGCGUCGCUGAAUACUCGUUAGAACUGCCGUUUCGGGGACCCCCCUGUCAACAUCACGGUGCACAAACCAUCCAAAGCCACCAGGACAGGGCCCGAGAGGCUCUUUUUGUCCCAUAUCGAACCCUUCAAGGCAUUUCCACAGCCUUUGGCCGUGAGAUGCCGCCCAAACGAUAGGAGGCUGCAUUGGACCUGCAGCUCUUGUCCAGCCUGACCAGGGCCCGUCUGAAAUCACACCGUUGCAGCCGUGUGCCGCCGUCAUUCUGCUGCCUUCAUCGUCCCUCUCCAGCCUCUCACAUCUCAGGCCUUGCAGCGGUGGGGGAGGUGGAGGUUCAAGGCCGUGCAUUCAUUCGGUAUUACGGACAAAGGGGGGUGUGGACUCACGGUACAACACUGCCCAGCUAGGUAGGGGCCUUAUCCCUACGAGGAAUGGAAUGCAAGGCACAUGGAUAGCAGGAAAUCGACGUAGCAUCUCGACACUCCACCUCCAUCAAACCUCUCCUCCACUAACAUGGCGAUGCAUCUCCCUCCUCGUGCGACAGGGCACCGGCCUGCAGGCUGGGCAUCAAGCGGCUGAUGAUCUAAUCUGUCCUCUCUGCGGGUAUAGACUUACCCAAGCCUUUGACGUAGUCAUGCUGUCGAAAUACUCCGGGACUUAGUCCCGGGUUUAUCGCGACAACGUGCAUGCUGCCAUCUCACUCACGCACUCACACACUCACACAUUGACCCCGUCCAAGAUACGUACCUCUAGGGGGAACUCUGAUUCGGAGUCCUCCUUGCGAUGUCUUUGGUCUUGAUCCCCUCAACGGUUUGAUAUCCACCAUGUCGAGACAUCUACAUAAAGUCAAUGGGGUUCGCCCCCAGUUGCCGUCGACUGGACACCACCAAGCCAUCAUCACCUUCACUCAGCGAUUGAGCGCCAAUCUCUUCUCUUUUCAGACUUGAUAUCUCUUGUGUCUUGCAUAGAGUGCAGCAUACUCCCAUCCUCCUGGCCUUCCUUGUUUUCCCAGCAUCAACCAUCUUUUUUUCUCACUCCUGCCUUGCUUUUCACCAAGUUCGAGAUAACGAGCAGUUCUUUCCAUCGAACUCAAUCAUUCCUUGACCCUGUAUAUUCACCCUUCUUCGACACUCGACUUUCAGUUCUCCAAAACCUGACCGCUACCAUGUCUGACGGACUCAACGAAUACCGCACCGCCCGCGUGGCCGAGUUGCUUUCCGACUUUCGCACUCUUCAGUAUUACAUUGCUGCUGCCCCGGUCAACCCUACCGACAUGGAUGACUACUACACGGAGGGAUGGGCAGCACUUCGCCAGUGCGCUCUUGAUGGCCAGCACAUUCUCAACUGCGCUGCCGACAUCACAGUCCCCCGCGCGAGUGGUGGUGCGGACGAGCAGGCCAAGGCCGAGCUUAAGCAAGUCCUCCUUGACGCCUACGCUCGCCGUCACGAAGGCCAAAAGAUCUAUCUCCGUCAGGCUGCUGUGCAGCGCUGGAUCGAAUGGCGGGAUCAGAUUCUUAUGGGUGGCAGGCCUCACUCUGGCAACCAGAGCCAACUCAGGGCCUGUGACCAACAACUGCGUGCUGAGCUCGCAAACAUCACCGACGAAGCCAUCUACUCGGAGCUUCAGGUCUCCGACAUGACCAUGGGCCGCUGGGUGGACGAAGACCCAAGCCUCCGCGCUGUGCAGCGGUGGGUUCGGACUCGGAGAGCUUAAUCCCUAAUUCACGACUUGUCACGACGACGACGACCUGAUCACAUCACGGUUCACGGCCGGUUCAACUCGACGAUCUUUUCACCAUGCCUCACGAAACCACGACCAUGAUCGGAGAAAAAAACUUAAUGUUUACACACAUUGAUACCCCGGGGGCCCCCUUCUUGCCAAAUUCUCCGUCGGCCAAAAAAGGGGGGCAACAACAACACGAUACGAUGCGAGUCAUCAACUACACAAAAAUAAUUAUCUCCUCUCUUCUUCUUCUCUUCUUUGCAUCAUGGGGGGAACGGUCAAUUUUCCUCUGAACAUUUUUCUUCUUUUUCUUUCGGGGCGACAUUUUUGAUGGAUUCUAGGUUUUGUUUGGGGUUUUUAAACCAUUGGAUUACAAGAUACCACGGGUCAGCACACGCAGGGAUACAGGUUUUAUUUUCCCCGUUUUGGAUUUAUUCUUCUUCUUUUGUCGUUUCGUUAUGGUUAUUAAAAAGUUCAACUGUACAUAUUUGUUGAAUGGUUUGGUACUGGCUCGGGGCUCUGUCUGGAACAGGAGCUUCUUGCGGGUGGGUUGGAUGGUCAUUCAUGCAUACACACAGCAUAUUUUGUCAGGGGACGUUAAAGGAUACCAAAAAAGGGGGGGCUGCCGGGAGCAGCGUAGGAAAAUAGUUGUUGAAUUGCAAAACAGUCUUGCAUUGAGUGGCUUCAAUAUGAUACGCUAAAUCUCUUCAACUGUGUAUAAUACAUGUACUCCAACUACCAUCAACGAAUCUAAACAUUCUUGCUCUGUACA